AUGCCACCGUUACACCUACUCCUCGUCUGCACUCUAUUCAUCAAUACGGCGCCUGUGCGCGCCAAAAUUAGCGGAGGGCCGCGCGGACGUUUCAGCGGAAACCACGGCAGACCUAACAACCACCACGUAAGCGCUCAUCACCCCCACUAUUCCUACCAUCCACCGGCCCACAUAUACUACACCUGCAAGCACUGCUCUUCUCACAUCGCCUAUCCCGUGUAUCACGGCGUGCCGCCCGCCUACGUGUAUAAGUACAGAGAGUACGGCGGUCGUUACGGCGACUUGCUGACUGGACUGGCAUUAUAUAACCUCGGCAGGGCAGCAAACGAACACUGGCAUUACACGAUGUACGAGCAACGCCCCGAAGAGAAGUGCAACAUGCAGAUAGUUGAUCGCAACCUUUUCGAGCAGACUACCUUCCCCUGCUUCAUGAUGUCCUCAUUUGUGGACAGCUCGGGUCGGUAUAUGAAGGACUCGCAUCCAUUGGACAUUACAACGGCGCAAAUAAACGUGAAGGCGUUAGUGACGAGUAACAGAACGGCCAUCAAAGUUAAUCAAAAUCAAGAAUGCGUGAUUUGGCAUAAUUCGACGGUCAAGAACGAACGCGUGAUUAUACCGUGCGCCCUGCUGAAGGACUACGCUGAUACUAUGAAGCCCCACGGUUUGCCGGUGUACGUUUGGCUGCCUUUGACCUUGGCGUCGGUGAUCGGAAUCUACAUUUUCUGUCAAAGCUGUUGCAAGCCGCAGAAGCAGGCGGCGAUAGACGAAACUCCAUGCAACCCGACCGUCACGAGCAACUACUUUUCUAAUAACAACACAGUGGUAGUUCAU